AUGCGCAUCCACUACGUGGCACUCGUGGCAGCUGCUGCGCUGAUUGCAAGUACUCAUGGCCAUCAAGCUGUCCGUGACUCGACCACGCUGUCAUCGUUGCGGACGACUACCGAGGCCGAAAACCAGCCUGGGGCUGUCGACGGCAAAACCAACCGAUUCCUGACAAGCGACGACAACUUUGAGCCGCUUGCGGUGACCUCGACGGGGGACCAUGCGUCAAUAGCGCUACAAAAAGGUGACGGUCAUGAUCGCCAGUUGCGCCAGCUGCUCGACUUCAAUUCGGACGAUGAAGCGAGAUCGUUUUUUGGGAAGAAGAAGCACAAGAAACGUAGACAUCGAAAGCACAAGAAUGGCGACUCGAGCGACUCGAGCGAGUCGAAAAACGGUCGCAAAAAAAAGUUUUCGCUGAACCCUUUCAAAUGGUAG